AUGGAAUAUCAAAUUGGGGGUGCUGGUGGUAUAGGGACUUUUUGGUGGAGUUUGCACUAUAGUAUGUCUGAACUACCUGAAAGAGAAAAGAAAAGAAGGAAAAAUCCGGAAGUAGACCCUUUAUUAACCCCUACAAUGGCUGGAGGGUUAUUUGCUGUCAACAGAGAAUAUUUUUUUGAAGUUGGCGGUUAUGACCCUGGAAUGGAUAUUUGGGGUGGAGAAAAUUUGGAAAUAUCUUUUAGAGUAAGGAGGAAAUUAAUUAAAAUUAAAGUCGAAUCUCUACAUAUUUUAUAA